AUGGACUUCCUUCCCGAAUCCAUUAUAUCCCUCAUCCAAGACAACCCUACAAUCCAACAGCUCACCUCAUCCUCGAUCGCGUUUCAAGUCAACAACGCCCGCACCACAUAUCUGGAUCCCUACAUCUCCCACCUGAAAUCAACCUACCUGGACCCAUACAUCAUCCAACCUCUCGCCUCCAUGCUCGCUUCUUCAAUGCCCGACCUUGUCUCGGUCCUUAUCCUCGCUCUCAUUUUCAUCAUCUCCCUCAAAGUCCUCGACUAUGCGCGACGUGUCGUUAUGUUCUGGGUUACAUUGGCGCUGCGAUUAGUCUGGUGGGGAUUCAUCCUCGGAGCCAUCUGGUACGCGUAUAAUGCUGGGUUAGAGAAGACCGGUCGCGAUCUAGGCUGGUUCUACGGAGUCGUGAAGGGAUUCGCGGAGAAGUUCCAGGAUGGGUUUGAGGGCGGUCAAAGAUCGUCGUCGGCCACUGGAGGUUGGGGAGGAUAUGCAUCUGGUCGGGAUUUCCAGGUUCCUAUAGGGAGGGGCUGA